AUGGAAAAAACUGGCAACAAAGACGUUUUUCCUUAUAAACAGGAGCGCCAAUAUUCGGUUGAAAGGCUGUUUCAGUAUUUCUGUAACAAUCUGUACCUAGGACAGUGGGAGGUUGCCCGCGCCUGUCUUCAGCAGCUGCAUCACGAGGGACAACUGAUUGGAAGGAAUGUCAAAGACAUACUUCGGGAGAUCACAGAGAAUCCUUAUGACAGAAGCUUCAGUAUUGGCCCAGAAUGCUCAGUGACAUCCCCUCAACAGUUGUCAUGGCUUAGUCUCCAGGAGUAUCGGAAGUUCGAUUCAUCCUGUCAAGGAGGGGACAAGAAAAGCAACAGUGACUUUUUACAACAAAACACAGAAUUCCAGCUGCUUCUCCUGGAAACUUGUCACAAUGUGUCUGAGUGUAUCAUCAGGGAUUUAUAUAGUUAUCAUAAAUGUAUUACUGAAGCCUCCCUGACAAGUACAAGCAAAGCAGCUUUGGUCACGUUGUCAGCAGAUCUUCAGGAAUUCCUCCAAACCAAGCUACUAGAACAACCUGUCUUGGGACAUACAGUCAUACGUUCAAUUUUAGCAGAGAAGAAGUACACUUUCUUUAAAAAAAAUAAUGACAUUCUUCAAAACAUUUACCUACAGGGAAUUAACAAUAUUUUGGAUAGGUACUCCAAUUUCUGUACCCAGGAGGUGACUGAAGUAGUAAGGGAAGACAAAAUACGAACUGUAUAUGAACUUUUAGCUCUGUACGACCCAGAACCUUAUCAAAAUUAUGUCCCUUUGCGUGAGCUCUUCGCAAGAUUCCUUGAGCUAUCUGGUGGUGUGGGCAAUGUGCUGAGCAAAGACAGGAUUCUCUCAUCCAUGAUUGGAAAGACCAGUACCUACUUGGUUGAGGAAUUCUGUAAACUGGAAUAUGAGCUGGAAAACAAAUGUGUACCUAUUAGUAACUACACUGACUGUAGUCUUGAUGAGAAUAGCAGACAAUUCAUUCAAUGGAUAAAAAACUCGGAUGUGAAAAUACGUCUGCAUUGGUUAUUUGUUCUUUGUUUAGAAAGACAAGAGCAUUUCCUAAAGACGAUAAUAGAAACUGCCAUUACCUUGAUAAAGAACAGUUCAUUUGUGGAGUUAACAGAACUUUUGAAACCAGAGGAGUUGUGGCCUCUAAAGCCAUUGCUACUGUUACAUGGCUGGUCCUUUUGUAAAUCAUGCACUCAGGCCAAAAUAUUACUUGAUACGCUGUGGGAUGAUCAGGCCCAGUUCCAGCAUCCAGCCCUAGAGGCAGGCUGCAGCAAGCUAUCUUACCAAAUAGACUUGAUACAAUGGUGUCUUGAUCGUACAAAGCCACUUCUGAAGGGGAAUGAGGAUGGACUUUCUAAUCACCAGAAGCGUGCAGCAGAGAUGUUCCUUGGAUUAGAAACCCAUUCUGUGUUAUUUGUUCUCCAUCAAUCCACCAGAAUAUCCUCCCUUGAUCAAGAGGAAGUCUUCCAUCUCCUUCAGAAAAGUCCUCUACAGGAAGAGGCAGGUCGUAAAUCAAAGAAGAAAGUGAAGUUUGUCAGGUUUGUAUCUAAAGAUGAUGAGCCUUCCAAGCCAGAAACUGAUGUACACAUAGAGAGGUGGAGAGAUAUGAGUAUAUACAGUGGAUUCUGUGUGAUUAGAAAUGUGAUGGAGGCGAUCUAUUUCUGUGCUGAAUACCCGGUCAGCCGACUAGUUAACCCUAUACAGCCAACCCACAAGUGGUCAUUUAGUGAGGGAGAUGACAAUGUUAAAAAGAGUAAACACAGCAGUAACAGGAAAACCACAGAGAACUUCCAAACAAUUUACACUAAAAAUGUCUCAGAAAAGUUGAGUAAGGCAAGACAUUACCUGGCUCGUCUACAGCCAUUGACAUUUCGAUUGGAAAUUUUGGAAAAUCUAUUUUCACUUUUGUUUGUUACUCAUGAAGACAUUCAGGAAAACUCAUUGGUAGAGACAGAUAGUGAUGAGGCUGCGGACUAUGAUAGUAGUCGUAACAACACUUUAGACGAAGACUCACAGCCAUUGAGCUUGGUUUCAGAAGAAAGUGUGUCACCGCAGCCUACAGAAAGGGAACACAUGUUAAGAAAUCAAACCUCUGAGCUUGUUUACUCAGAUCAAAGAUUCUUCCAAACUGGCAGUGCUUAUGAUGAACCAUUCAUUGAUAGUGGGAUGAAAUCAAACCACAAAAUACUUAAUGCAGAAGUAAAGAAAAAGACUGAAAAUGAUGUUAUUACUAAGGAUGAACGGAAGCGCAUGACUGAAAAGAAUCAAAAAGAUUUUAAAGUUAAAGUACUGCACAAAGCAGAGAUAGAACUUGCACAGAAAGCGUCAGAAAACGGUACAUGUAGUGCCCAUAGUGUUGAUAGUAUAUCUGGGCGAGCCAGGUUUGGCUUCCUCACUAAUGAAUAUCUGGUCAGGGAUAUCCUUGCCAUGCUAAAAGACUGCCUUCUGGAUUUAAGUGCAGCUCGUUUUAAAGUGUUGGGGAAAGAUCCAGAAACAGAGAAAAGUCUGGGAAAUGCCAGUAAUGUAGACUUUGAGGAUGUGAUAGACGUUCGGCUGGAACAAUCUCUCAAUCACAUGGUCCAGUCAAGCAUCAACUCCACUGUCAUCAAGAAGAGAAUUGCCCAGUUGACACAGUAUGUCCAUGAAGCACAGUGGCGGUUCCAGUUAGUUUGUCAUGAGAGUAUUCCCCUGUCACCUGGCCAGGUGUUACUGGAGGCGGUCAAUGUGAUGGAUGACAGGUGGGAGGAAGACCAAGGUGUUGGCAGUCACAUCAUGGAAAGUCAGCUGAUAAACCGGAGACAUACACCCACUGGAAGUACAGGAAGUAGAUCUAGUCCAAGUCAAGAAAGUGAAACUAUACUUGAAAGUGGAUUUGAAGGUCAGAGGCGCAGACGAAGGUCACGUAGUCGUCACUCUGUUCGAUGGAAAGGGCCUCGCCGUUACCCAAUAGGAAUCAUUCCUCUGAUGCUGUCCUCCCCAGAAACCCUUCUCAACAUGUGCAUUUGUAAAGGAAACUACCCUCAAGCCUCCCAGGUCACACGAUUGCUGAAACUUGAUGAACGACCUGAAGUGGCAGAGGUAUCAUUCUCCCAGUCCUACAGUGAAGCUGUCCGAAAGCUCCAUGGCCUGAACAUUGGGUCACACAAGAACUCUCCUUCAAAAUCUAGCAAGCCUGGUAGAUCCAAUAUUAAGGCCCUCGCCUCUGUUGCUGCAGCAGGGGUUGCUACAGUAUCCAUUAGUGGGGUUGCAGAAAAGCUUCUAUCACAGCAAGACCUUCCCAGUGUUCCAAGUUCUCGGACUUGGGGGUCAGUGCCUGCUAAGAUGGAGUGGACAUUCCAGCAGGAGAAUUGUGAAGUAAUGAUCCUGUUUGAUCUGCUAUGUAUAGGCUGUAGGACAUGGGAAAUGUGUAAUAACAUGAUAGACUCUAUCAAGGUGCAAUUGAAGGACAAACCAGGCAGCUCAGCAGUGGGCAAGAAGGAAGUGGGUGGUAAGGAGCAUGGGGAGGAGAGUAAACGGUCCAGACAGAGGGACCUGAGAGACAUGGUACUUCAGUUUGAGAGGAUUCUACAGCUGGGAACAGGUGUGGACAAUAUGUCACCAUCACCAGGACAACAGGAGAUCUCCACAGCCCUGUAUAAACAUAGCAUACAAACAUUCCUACAGACGGCCACCCUGCCCCUGUCUCCUGAACACUGCAAGCUGUAUGCACACUUUACCUUAGAUGUUAAGAAGUGCCUCAGUAAUGUUGAAUCUGCUUUUUUCCUGGCUGAGAGGUCACCUGCUGAUGGUAGCCCAAGUAAGAAACGUAGUACUAGUAGUAACAGCUUCCAAGUAUCUCCUAAGAAACAGGAGCCAGUUCAGACUGAGAAACCAGCCAUACAUGGUGCCAUGAAACAGCUGAUUCAGAUCCUCGACAAGGAUCUACCACUUGGUGGCUUAUGUCAGCUCUUCAACAAGGACAAAGGCUCAGAUCACAGAAGAAAUAGAGAUUACCUUCUCCACCUGUACGAACACCUCAAGCGACUGGCUUUUGUUGUGGCUGAAAACGAAGCAAUGUCCAAAGAAACCAUGGUGAUGCCCACAAAUUACUUCAAGAUGUUGGACCAAGGUCCCAUCAAUACAUUGGGAAGACUAGUAUUUUCUAAGAGAAUUCCACCCUCCAGAUUAGAAAAGGUUGCUCAUGACCUAAGCCUGAAUCUGACACACAUCAUUGUACACAGCUGUUGUCCUAGUAUUCCAAGUAAACAUCUUCCUGUUGUGUCAGCCGGACCUCUCGAUAAAGUCGGGACCAAAUUCCUAAUGAACAUUCCAGUUGAGGGUGUAAAGAAAUGCAUUCUUCAACAACAGAACCCUGAAGAAUUGGUGCGGGAAAUUCUCACACGACUUCAGAGACUCAUGAAAGAUACAGCCAGUAAAUGUAACGCCAAGGGUAUCUUUGAUGUGUCGAGUGCUGUAUUGUUGAUGAGAAUGCCGGAGUAUGAUGACAUCAUCAUAAAUACCCAAAGACUAGUGACACUUGACUUAAAUCUGCUCAAAAGUCAAGACGAAAAAAUUUGUUUCUAUGGCAACUUACAGACCUUGAUGUCCAUUCAUAUGAACCUUGAUUUGAUCAUGGAGGCAGAAAACAUGGUUGAACAGGAUGAUGAUGAAGGAUACAACAGGUCAAGGCAAGGCAGGGAAAUGUUCUCAGAAAUGUCUACUGCAGAACAAAUAGCUCACCUCGGCAUGUUUACCUAUAGUGUGGGACAGUUAGGCCCUGUCAGUUUGUUUGAGUUGAAGUUUAUCAUCAAUCGAAAUGGCUUGUUGCCGCCACUGAUGUGGGAGGGACUUCUGGAGUGGGCAACAUACGAAAUUGAUGAGGCAGAUCCCUGGCAUCAGUACUUACCAACACCUGAGCCACGUCUCAUCUUUCUCACCACAGCUUGUGCUCGGUCUUCUCCCCCUCUUCAGGUGUUGAUACCAGAGUUACUAAGGAAUCAACUCGAGACAGCCAUGAGCAAAUACCUCAACCAUACAGUUCUGGUUGAUAAGGAGCGAAAGACAGUGACCAUUCCAGAAUUGAUGAUGUGGUACAAACGUGACUUUAGCAGCGACCAGGAACAGGAACUCAACGCACGAAAUGAAGGCAUAAUUAACAUCAUUGCUGGUCACAUGACUGGCACUACCCAGGAGGCAUUGCAGGACCUCAUCAGUCUGGAUAGUCUCCAUGGUUACUCAGAAAACAUAGAUAUAACAGGUAGAAAGGAGUUGCCGUUCCAGACUGGUGUCACAUCUUACAAGGCAGAUUUCAUGGUAACUUUUGAUUUCUCUGUACUACAAGACCAUUCACAAAAGGUCAAAGGUCACAGACGUAUCACAUCUCUGCCAAAGAACUUGUCACUUUCUUUAGAUAGAAGUCGUAGUUUGUCCAAUCCGAAGCCGUCGGUUGCCCCAUGCUAUCAGCUGACCCCUGUCACACUGGACUAUAUUAAGACUGAGUGCCCCCUGGUGGCAACUUUGGUGAGUCUGGUUUGUUCAGAUGAUCUUGAUGACAUUGAGGAUCAUAUGGAGAUGGAUUAUUUCACCAAGAGUGAGAAUCUGAGAGAUAGAUCACAAUCUGAAAUGAGUCUGAUGGACAUCAGGAGUUACCGUUACCAGAAACUUACUGAUGAGUACCCAACACUGAAGCGCCACCUAUUAAACUAUGUCAUACCUAUCGCUGGUGCUGAAGACCCUGAAAUACUGAGAGGUAGAGACUCUCUUCUCAAGUUGAUAACAAGCAACUUUUCUGAGAAGGUGAAAGCAUGUAUGUUAAAUUUGCCUGGAAACUGGCCGUUCCAGACGGUGGUCAUUUCUAUACUGAACGACCUUCUGCUGAACAAGAAGUGGUCAGAGAUUCUGCUUGUCCUUGACAGUCUGCCACCCUCACUGUUACGGGAGACCUAUUCCUUCUGUUCCUUGUAUGACUUGUCUCUGACAUGUCUUGUCCAGAGUGUGUUUAACAGGACAAACAACACCAUAACAACAACUGAUGUCACCUCAGUGGCCUUGCUUUCUAAACAUGAAGCAGACAUUGUGCUAAACUAUUUACACAGGUUUCUGUGUCCUGUAACAAAGACUCGUCUACUGCUGUCUGUAUACAGGAAGUUGCCAAUGGACCACAACAUAGAAUUGUUCCAAAUGUGUCGGCAUUUUGUGAUGGCAAAGCGGAUGAUUGCUGUGAUUCAAGACAAACUUAAGGAGCUCAGCAUGUUUAACAGGAUCACAGAAUGUGCUAAGAACCUACAGUUCAAACUAGCCAUGAAGACCACAGACUUUGUGGAUAUGGAUCACAAGAAGGGUUACCAUACAUCUCUUGAUAAGUUCAUCGACUGGCGCAACCUUCUGCAACCAGAGAUAAUCUCCCCUGAAGAGACCCUGGUGGUACUGUUGAGAGCCGGUGAUUAUGAAACUGCCAAGUUAUGGUGUAGGCAUGUGAAGUUCGCUGAUGAGAAGUACCUCGAUGUGGUGGAACAUCAAGUUAUUUCAUUCCUGGAACAGAAGUCCUCACAAUCAUCAGAAAAUAACAAGGCAUUUCUUGUACUUGAGGAAGUUAAAGUAACGUCAUCAGAAGAGUGUUUAGCUCUGUGUCAGAGACUGCUGGAGAAAGUAGCCAAUCAGAGAGAUGUCCUUUUUAUAGCAAGUUACAUCAUCACUCAGCUGGAGUCAUUGCUGCCAGAUGACAAGAAGGACCAACUCAAAAUGACGCAUAUGGGUGCCAAGGUGGGUAUGGGUGCUAAGGUGGGUAAGGGUGCUAAGGUGGGUAUGGGUGCUAAGGUAUUGCUGUGUCUACCAGAUAGUAUCCGGGGGGAGUACUGUCACUUAGUGUCGUCUCCAACUCUUCUUAUUGAACAGCUGCUCAUGAACAUGAAGAUUGACCUUGCUGGUAAAGCAUAUGAAACCAUAAGAAAGGACCAAGUCAAAGUUCAAAAUCCAAACCUCAGGUUUACUAUGGAGCAAUUCAACCAUCUUGUAGUUACAUAUGCCACCAAGGCCCUGGAUUUUGUCACAGUGCAGGUCAUUGUGUCAGGGAAGGAAAGAACAAACUCCCAGUUGUCAAAUUCAUCGACAGCAGAGAAACAUGAUGGGCUCUCAGAACUGUUGUCUCCUAGAAAAUCAGUUGUGUUUGAGACGCUAAGGACUAGCAGGAGGAGUGUGGAUAUAUCAGCCCUACAGAAAACAUCUGUCAGUGCUCCCUCACCUGGCCUUUCUCCAAGCAAUUCUAUGCCACAUCGUCAGAGCAUCAGUAGCAGCCGCGUGUUUGUGAUGCCACCUGAGCCACCACCUAAAGACCAGUGGGUACAGGACAAUACCACAGACACCUGUAUGGUGUGUCAGGUGGAGAAAUUCAGCAUGUUCAAUAGACGUCAUCAUUGCCGGAGAUGUGGACGUCUAGUGUGCGCCCAGUGUUCCACCAAGACAACCAUGAUACAAGGUGUAAGGGCGAGGACAUGCAACGACUGUUUCCAUCAAACUCAUCUCUCACGCAGUAAAAUAGGAAAACUUCAGCGUGAGGUAACCAAACGUGGAGGUAGUCCUACAGGGUUCCAACGUGCUUCUUCUACAAACAACCUAGGAGACGUCAUAUCUAUAAAGGAGGACAGCGUAGGGGAGGACACUAGCUAUAUGGAACAGCUAGAACUGCAGUGGCAACUGAAGGCAGGGGAUGACCCUCACAACUCUGUGGUCAGGGAAGAUUUCUGCUAUGAGCAGGCUCCAAGUACAUCAUUGUGUUUGUCUAUCCUGGACCUCCAUAGUAACACCAAGGCCAGUGGUCAGUUGGUCCUACAGCUUUGUGAUGACCUGUCAAAGCACCUGAAGUCCAUUGCUCCUGGCCUACCGAACCCUGAAGUAGAUUACAGUCUUGUUCUGAGUAUGAUGAAGACCUUGUUGUUUCAUGCCAAGAUGAAGUUCAGUGAAUGUGGUGUGACACAGGGCCUAGGGCAGUGUGAUCUGUAUCAGGGUCGGAUAGACAUCCUUGGUGUCCUAGUGGCUGAUAAUUACAGGGACCUUCCCUCCCUUCAAGAGCUGACCAAACCAGACACUGUCAGACGUCUGCGAGAUAAGCUGAUUGAAGCAGAGCGUCUGCCUCUUGCGGUGGAAGUAUCAACAAAGUGUGGUCUUGACCCUGCUGGUGUAUGGGCUGCAUGGGGCAUGAGUUGUCUCCAGGGCGGUGACUUCAUCAGGGCAAGAGAAAAGUUAGGCAGGUGUCUCAAGGUGCCCAAAGACAGGAAUCAGCGCCAGCAGGAAUCUACCUUAUUGGCUGACAUCCUCAGCUGUUUAGAAUCAAUGUCUGGGACUGGCUAUACAGAGUUUCAGAUGUUGUUGACCAAUCCUGGAUCUGUCAAAGGUAUGCUGACCUCUCCAACUAGCUACACUGAUGAAGCUGACGUGGAGUCGGCCCAGUAUCAGGAAUGUUUAUAUUACCUACGUACCUAUGCAUCAUUCCACACCAUCGUCAGUUUCCACAGAGGAAAUGGUUACUGGAUGAAGGCGACUCAGUACAUUCUUGAUCAUAAAUGUUCGAGUGAAGUUUUUGUUGAUGCACUACUGUCACCAGCCAUUGAGGACGGACGGUUAGGGGAGCUGGUGGACCAGAUGAUAAUGAUUGACCCAUCUCUGGAGCGAUGGCAUCCCUACCUUACAACUGCCUGUCGCUACCUCCUCAAACACAGGCUACAUCACACAUUGUACCAGUUCCAGCUCUUCAUGAAGGAUUUCAUUCGUGCUUCUAUGACGUGUAUAACCUACUUCUAUCAGAAGGGAGCUCAGAGUUACCUUGACCUGUUUAGGAGAGUUAACUACUUGUACAAAGCUCACCAGCAUCUCCAGGCCUACCUGGAUCCCUCCCAGUGGGGGAACAUCAGUCGCCCAAUAUUCCGCUCGGAUAAUCCCUCUGUUGAUUGGGACAAACGACCAGCAGAGGCUUCCAUCAGACUAAUUCAGACUCCUGAGGAAGUCUCACGACAUUUGGUGAUGAUCAGUCUACAGAUAGAAGUGACCAAGUUUCUACACCAGUGUCUCACCAACACUGAAGCUGAUGCUACUAAAGUAGCCACCCCCUAUGUCAAUACAACUGCUUCACAACAAUUACCAACUUUGAUGGGCAGCUCGAAAAUCAGGGGAGAUCUUGUCAUCAUGAUCUUGCUCAGUGGAAAUGACAUUGUCCGAGCCUUUGACCUUGCAAAUAAGAUUAUAAAGACUGUGGAUGAACUUGUGGGAGCCUGUAUUCUAGUUAUCUCUGAUAACCCUAAUGAGGCAAAAGAAGCAGAUAACCUGAUAAAGCUGCUGAGAAAGGACACCAAUAAGAUCAAUGCAUAUAUCCUAUGUGGUAAGCUGCGGUCAGCCUACUUAAUGGCAGUGAAGUCUGAGAGAGUGGACGAUGUCCAGCGUAUAGCUGGAGCAGCCCAACGCAUGGGACAGACAGCAGUCCGAAACAUCUGUAACAAGUGGCUUCAGCAGAGGAAAUAGGGAAGUAACUCCAAACACAGGACAUUUGUAGCAGACUAAACAGCAAUUAGUAACUUUAAUAAGUAGGGCAUCAGCAUGGAAAAUAGCUGUCACCAUGGGAAGUAACUCCAAACA